GUAUAAAUACGGUUCGUACUGCGAUCAGUUUGUAGGACUCAAAAGUCAGCAGCAAUAAUGAAAAUCUUCGUGGCUCUCUUGGCAUUCGUUGCCUACGCCAGCGCGGCGUCCGUGGGCGAGCCCAUCGACUCCCAGUCGAUCUCCAGCACCAUUGAGGAUAUGAUCUACGGCAUUCAGGAGCAGAUGCCCUGCGGCUUUGCCGGCCUGGGCAUUCCCCCACUAGCCCCACUCCGAAUCGACCACAAGAACAUUGACAUCGACACGAGCGGUUUUAAGGCCAAGGGCAGCAUCGAUCACUUCCGUCUGAAUGGCAUGAACGACUUCGAGAUUGACGAGAUGAAGGUCAAUGCCCUCACCAGCAAGGUCACCUACAAGUUCAGCUUCCGCAACGUGAACGUGGACACCAGCUACGAUCUGACGGUGCUGCUGAAGAAGUUCGGCUUCACCAUCAACCUGAUCGGCGCUGGACACGCCAAGUUCGCCAUCAAGGACAUGGUCAUCUGGGGCACCCUCAAGUACUCCCUGGGCGUCAUCUCCGGCAAACUGAAGCUCAAGUCCCUGGAGGUUCGCACCCACUUGGGCGAGGUCGACUCCGAGAUCGAAGGCAUCAUGGGCCAUGGCAUGAUCAACGAGAAGAUGAACCUGUACCUCGCCGAGGCCGUCGAGACGGCAGUCAACGAGAACGAGGACCUGAUCGCCGACACCAUCGAGUCGAUUGCCCUGCCCGCGGUCAACAAUGUCCUCGACGAUAUCAGCGUUGCCGAUGUCAUCGCCGGCUCCGGUGGCGAUGGUGAGGGUGGCGAGAAGGAGGUCUGCAUUCCCCCAGAGUUGGAAUGGUGAAUGAAUCCACGCACUGAUUAAAACACAGUUCUAGAGUGAACCCAUUA